CAUAAAAAAUCGUUAUUUCUACCAUAAUUUUCUUAUUUUUCUACCAUAAUUUUCUUAUUCUCAACAAAAGUCAUGUGGCAUACCAAAAUCGAAGAGUCGUAACCAAAUCUAACUGAUCUCUUCGUAUCCUUCUGUAAACAAAUUUGUAAUGAUAGAUUCUAUUUUUCAAUAAACUUUUGCAAUCAAGUUUGUUCCAUUAUUCUAUAAUGAAGAUAUUUUGGUUUGUGUUUGCGCGUCAAAGUUAGUAUUCCUUUUACAAUCAACUUUUCCUGUAAACUAGGGUAUCCAAAUCAAUAGUAUCAAAGAUGAGUGUGGAGUUUAUACAAGACGAGGAGAAGACAAAAUAAGUAGAGGGUAUGGUGUGAAAAAGACGUCCUUGAAGCGAACCUUUAAAGAUGAUUUUUUCCUUGAAGCGAACCUACAUCUUGGUCUAUUACCAGAAAAAAAGAAAGAGAUUCCAAGAAAAAAGAUUAUAAUUGGUUUUAAGUUUCUCCGACGACUUCGACAAAAAUAUGUGAUUAUCGAGAGGUGAAUCAUCUACAUCAUCCAAAUUCCAGGCUUCUCACCAAACUGUUACAAUCUUCCAUCUUCUUGAGAACAACAUUUUCCUAGAUACCAAAUCAGGUGAAAGAAAACUCGAAGAUCCAGCUAUCUAACUUCUAUCUUCUUCUCUUCCCAUGUCUUCUACUUUUUAAAAUGGAAAACACAAUAUAUAGUUCAAAUAUAUGAGGUAAUGAGGUAAAAUUAAAGGAAUGGAAAAGAAAACAAAGAAAAUAUAUGAGUUUAGAUAAGCAUCAAUAAGGCCAGCAAUAUUUUCACUUUCUAGCCCUAUCUUCACUUUCUCUUUGCCAUUGUAUUAGUAGUUUUGUGCUAUGACUCUAAAUUUUUGCCCAACUGUGUCCUUCUAAUAUUGAGCUCUUUCUUAAAAAUUAAGUUUUAAAUAGAUAUAAAAAUGUUGUCCGGAGAAGAGAGAGGGCCAUCCAGCAAAAUAUUUACACUAAAUGAUCAUUCA